UUCCUGCCGAAUGGACUUCGCGGUGAAUGCGCUCCGGCCUUUAUGACGCGCGCCGCGCUCACGUUUGAGGAGAAUCCCCGACUUCAGACACACUACAAAACAGACGCGCUUGUUUCUUUUAUGACGCGUCGAUCCGGAUUCCAGAAUGUCACUUUAGAACGUGUCUCGAUUCGAAUUCGAAUUUGGCUGGAAAGCGGCGGUCACAGAAUCCGCUCUGCGCUAGGAGAGAAAUGGAUACCCGGGUGAUCGUUUCCUGCAGGGGGAUUUAAGUUUUGCCUCGUUUAUCACUCGAUAUUCAUAUCUACAUUACGUCAAGGGGGAAUAAACGGACUGUGUGAACGGCCGGGCCAGGGGGCAACAAUCGUUUGCAUUCACUGAGGCGAUAUUCUCCGCGCGGACGUCUUCGUGACUGCCUGUCCGUUUAUUCUGACCACUAACGGUGCUUCCGAAGCCUCCGUUUUCACAAUGCAGUUCCGGACAGUUUUGGAUGUAAAAGUGGUGGAUGUGGAGAAGAGGAGGAAUCCAUCCAAACAUUACGUGUAUCUCAUCAAUGUGACAUAUUCUGACUCCACGUCUCACAUCAUCUACAGAAGAUACAGUAAAUUCUUUGACCUUCAGAUGCAGAUUCUCGACAAGUUCCCAAUCGAGGGAGGGCAGAAAGAUCCCAAAAAGAGGAUUAUCCCUUUUCUUCCAGGCAAAAUCCUUUUCCGACGAAGUCAUGUAAGAGACGUGGCCAUGAAGAGACUACGCUUUAUUGACGACUAUUGCAGAGCACUGGUUCGGCUUCCUCCACAGAUCUCUCAGAGUGAGGAAGUUCUGCGCUUCUUUGAGACCAAACCAGAUGAUAUCAACCCUCCUGUCGAGGAUUAUGGAUCCAAACGCAAGUCAGUUUGGAUGUAUGGCCUUCAGGACAGUCCAACCAAGUCUGAGGCCUCAGGACUGGACAGCAGUGAGCCCAUGGUGCUGGAGCAGUACGUUGUGGUGGCCAACUACGAGAGGCAGGAAAACUCGGAGAUCAGUCUGAAGGCUGGAGAAACGGUGGACGUCAUUGAGAAGAGCGAAAGCGGCUGGUGGUUUGUAAGUACAGCUGAAGAACAGGGCUGGGUUCCUGCCACCUACCUGGACUCUCAGAGCGGCACCAGAGAUGAUCUGGACCUGGGAACAUCUAGAUCUGGAGAAGUUACUAAGAGGCGUAAGGCUCAUCUGAAGAGGCUCGACCGGAGAUGGACACUAGGGGGAAUAGUCAACCGACAACAGAGCCGAGAGGAAAAAUAUGUCAGCGUCCAGGCUUAUGCCAGUCAGGGAAAGGAUGAGAUCGGGUUCGAGAAAGGAGUAACCGUGGAGGUCAUCCAGAAGAACCUGGAGGGAUGGUGGUACAUCAGGUAUCAAGGUAAGGAGGGCUGGGCCCCAGCCUCGUACCUGAAGAAACUGAAAGAUGACCUUUCCCCAAGAAAGAAGACUCUUACUGGUCCUGUGGAGAUAAUUGGAAACAUAAUGGAGAUCAGUAACCUCCUCAACAAGAAGGCCGUAAGCGAGAAGGACAUUCAGACUGACGGAGAAGCCACCACACCUGAGCGCCACAUCUCCAAAAGUGAAAUAAGUUUACCAAUGCCAUAUGCCCCAGAAGCUGGAGUGGCACCAACAGUGGUCACUGCUUUGGGAAUGAACUCUGGAUCUAGUGCCACCCUUCAGGAGAACAAGAGCAGGGCCGAGCCAGGGUCACCUGCCAUAGCCCGGGUGGCACCGCACAGAGUUGAAAUAGGAUUUGAUGCCAUAGGAUCUCCAAACCUCAGACAGAAGCCUCCUCCUCGAAGAGACGCAAACCUGGCAUUCCAGUUGCCCAAACCUCCAGAGGCCCCUACUGUGGAAGCAGAGUAUUACACCAUAGCAGAGUUUCAAUCCAGUAUCUCAGAUGGCAUCAGCUUCCGUGGAGGACAAAAGGCUGAUGUCAUAGAAAAGAACUCUGGAGGAUGGUGGUAUGUCCAGAUUGGGGAUACGGAGGGCUGGGCACCCAGCUCCUACAUUGAUAAACGCAAAAAGCCCAACCUGAGCCGGCGAACCAGCACACUCACACGACCUAAAGUUCCACCCCCUGCUCCACCAGUCAAGAAACAGGAUUCAGAGGAAGGCCCCUCUCUGGGAGGCUCUGCCUCCAAAGCUCCCGAGUCUCCCCAGCGUGUCUAUGAGGAGCCAGAAUAUGAUGUUCCUGCCAUUGGUUUUGACUCUGAGCUGGAUUGCAAUCCUCCAAAACCAAAAACACAUAAUUCCCCAAAACCAGAGCCCCGUAAGUUUGAAAUUAAAAGCAAUCCAGCUGCUGCCGAAAGGAUCGCACAAGCUGGCAAAGCAUCACCUUUGUUAAAAGUGAUGACCUCACCCCUGAGGAAACGAAACUCUUUGGAGGAUGUCAACAAGGAGGAGGUGAUUUAUGAAAAUGAAGGCUUCAGGUUCUCCUCUGACGACUUCGCCAGUGGAUGUGAUUCACAUACCCCAAGGAGUCUCACAUUGGGUCGCAAACCUUUCGGGUCUUCUUCUGGCGGAGGGAAGCCCCUUCGGAAAGUAUCGCCGGAUCUAAACCGAAGCCACUCUCUUGGCCGUGCUGAGAGACACAGCUCCAAGCUAUUUUCUGAUGAAUCAGCACGCAAUCCCAAAAGAGAGCCUGUCAUGCGUAAAGAUGUGGAGAUCCGGAUUGGUCAGAGUCCCUUAGCAAGGCCCAAACCAGUGGUGCGACCAAAACCUCUGCUUACAAAGUCAGAGCCACAAAGUCCUGAAAGAAUGGACAUCAGCAGCAUACGCCGUCACCUUCGGCCCACCGGAAGCCUUCGGCAAGGAGCAAUCCGUGCAGUACGUGGUGAAGACUCCGAGACAGCUUCUGUUGUGUCCUCUGAGGGCUCUACCUCCUCAAGAAGUACCUCCGAUCUCUCCAGCGUUUAUUCAAAGGGUAGCCGAGGUGGAGAAUCCGACCACGAAAGUGUGCUCUUUAGGACCACAGAUGCCUAUGAACGAGCCCAAGAGUCAGAGCUCAGCUUCCCAGCUGGUGUGGAGGUUGAGGUACUGGAGAAGCAAGAAAGUGGAUGGUGGUUUGUUCGUUGGGGGAGUGAUGAGGGUUGGGUACCUACUUUUUACUUGGAGCCGGUUAAACAUACCCACGACGUCGGAAUUCAGGAAUCCCGUGAUGGCCCUCUUGUUGAUCUAGGAAGCACCAACAAGUCCAACAGUCUUGAGAAAAAUGAGCAGCGUGUUCAGGCCCUUAACAACCUCAACCAGCAAAACCUAAGAAGCAUGAGCAACCCUAGCCCCCCGAUCCCAUCCAAACCACCAGGGGGAUUUAGCAAACCAACAGCAAUGCUGAACGGCUCAAGUGUACGGAUGCGCAACGGUGUCCGUCAGGCAGCAGUGCGACCACAGUCAGUAUUUGUGUCUCCACCACAGCCUCUAAAGGAAACCAAUAUCCAUACAGGAUCUUUGAGGAGAAAUGAAUCACUGGGGGCAGGCGACCACUUGAGGUCCACAGGUGGUGUACGACGAAACUCCUCUUUCACCGCCAUACGACCACAGCCGGUGACCGAUGUCCGGGUGAGAGCUGGGACCACCAUUACAGCUCCCGCUGGAAGCUCAAGUCCAUUGAUUGCUCAGAGAAACGGGAUUCCAAUCUCUACAGUAAGACCCAAGCCCAUCGAGAAGAUGCAGCUCAUUCACAACAACCUUCGAGAGGUUUACGUAUCCAUCGCCGAUUAUCGCGGAGAUGAAGAGACCAUGGGUUUCUCAGAGGGCACUUCUCUUGAAGUUUUGGAGAAGAAUCCAAACGGAUGGUGGUACUGCCAGGUUCUCGAUGGUUUACAGGGACGUAAAGGCUGGGUACCUUCUAACUACCUGGAGAGAAAAAAGUAAUUCCCCCAAAAAUGUUUUAAACAUGCACAAUUGUAAUCAAAAUGUAAAAAGAUAAACUGACUGAAGGACUAUUGGUUUGAGCUGAGAGGGACAGAGCCUUUUAGAAAGGAGUUUACAUUAAAACUACAGAAAAGCAGGUGAAUGUUUAGCAAAAUACCUGCCAUAACUUUAUACCAAAUGGGUGCCUUCGAACAUCUUUCACUGAAUGUUAAGAGGAAUCGGUCAAAUACCAGUAAAGCAUCGAAAAUACCAAACUUCAACUCAGUGCCAUAGGCCUACAAGUACAGAAAGCAACAAACUUAUUUUUGUUACAGUGUUAAAAAGAGAGAAAUCGAAUUUCAGCAUAGAUGCAUAACAAAAAGUGCUAGUUUAACCGUGGAGCGCUCGAAAAACGAGAAAUUUCAAAACUGAACAACGAUUUUACCUUAGCAUCGAGAGCGUUCAAAGAAACAGAGCUUCAAUUGUCAUUGAAAAAAACAACAAAAAAAUGUAUCUUUGUUAAUUGUUUUGUGUUGAUGUUUUUAUAUCUUCCUUAGAGAUGUAUUUCUGCUUUCUUGUAACAUCCUAGCACAUCAAAACAGUUCAAUCCUGAUCAGUCAUUGUUAUUUUCGUCGCUUUUGUCUUCCCCAUACUUUAAAUCGUUGCAGGCCAAAUGAAUAAAACAUGAUAAAGAUAAGCAGUCUGUGAAAGCUACAUCCGCGUAGAUCACCUCACGUCCACCUCAUUGGGUUUAAUCCCAACUUUAGUUUACAAAGUGAAUCUGGUUAUAUUAGGAAGGUAGACAGCUGAUGCUGCUCCAUGUGUGCUAAAUCUGCUGCUUUAUUAUCUGCGGCAAUUGAUACUUUAAGAAAUCAGGACUGGAAAAUCGUAUGUUUCUUUAAGCGUUUUAUCCCAGGGAAAUAGUAACAACAUUGAGCCCAAAAUGUGAUCACACCAAAGAACAAUUACAGACACAUUUGCGAGUUUGAUUUAGAGUUAGUAGUUAUUUUAUGGGUACAAAAAAAAUAGAGUGUAUUCAACAAAACCUGAACGAGGUUUUAGAACUGAGAACAAAGUAUAUUUAAUUACUAUAUCUGGAAGCACUUGAUUUUUUUAACCCAAAGAAAAAGCACAUUAAUAUGCAAGGUUAAUUAAUUUCUUACGAUAUUGCUGGGCAGUAUUGAAAUCUGAAGUUACGCAGUAAGCAGUAUUAUUUUUCAUUUUCUGUCGUAAAAGAUCAAAUAGUUUUACGAACUUUAUCUUCAUAGAUGAACUCAUGAUUACUCCCCUUUUAUUUGUUUAAAUCAAAUCCAUUAACAACAGCAUCAAACAGUUGAUGUUCAAGACUGCUGAAAUGUUUUUCUAAUGAAUAGUGCGAGCUCUUAACCGAGCUACGCACGACUUUUAUUUGAUUUCGUUUUCUGCUGGACAGUAUUUUAGUGAUAAACAGUUAUAACAUUAAUUAUCUGCUCGAUUGCAGUUAUAUUCUAUUAAGCAGAACUGUGUUUAUUUUGUCUUUGUCUGUUUGUUGGUUGUUGUGUGAUCACACAUGGACAAUAAUGACGAAUGAAGUCGUUCAUUUGUUGUGAAUCAGUGGGUUUGAGCUUGUUUCUUGAACGCACUGGUUUAAAGAUGCAGUCUACUUCAUCAGCUUUUAAUUUAUUGAACAGUUGUUUUUGUUAUUUAUAAUUUUUUUUGUAUUAUUUAAUUUUUUUUAUACUUCUGUCUUACAGAGAUGUCAUGUUAUAGUCAUUCAAUGCCUUAAACACUUGAUAGUACUGUAGUAAUUGGCUACUGCUAUAUCCUGGGCUAUAUCUUUUUUUUCCCUACCAAGAUAUUUUUUAUGCAGACGUUAAAUAUUGUCUUGAAUUUGGAAAUUCAUUUUUACAUUUUUCAUACUUUUACACAUUUUUUUUUUGCAUCAGGAAUACAUUUUCACCAAGCUGAUUGCUGCACCUUUAGCAACUAUGGACACUUCCUUUCGCGUUAUUGAGCCACAUAUAAUGCCAGAUUAUUUAAAUAAACAAAUAGUUUAAAAAAUUUUAUUAUAUUUUAAAAUCAUCACAACUAAAUAAAAAUAAUAAUCAAAAUGAUAAUCGAUCAAAAAAAACAGCCAUGUAAUAAGAAUGGUUAAAUAACAAACAACAUGUGUUUCAUAGUUAAAAACGCAAGGCUCUAUAGUUAAUUAUACGUGGAUCCCAAAUUGUGACUGGACCAAAUUUAAUUUGACUGUUUUUAUUUACUGUUAUACUUUAAAACAAUGAAAUUACAGCAAUAAUGGGAUUUUAAAGUUCUAAUUUGACUGAUUAUUGUUUUAUUUUUUGGUUUGAACGUUUAAAACUGAAAAUUAAGCCAUUGACCGAAGUGACGAUGGCAUUAUAGAAAUGUGUCGACUCACUACUGCUCAGCGCUUGUGAUGGAUGUCGCUAAGCUCCAUUAAUACUAUGCUUUAUUUCUUCAUUUGCGCCUAUACAAUUUACAAGGGAACUGUUGAGUGUGGGACUAGUUCUUGUCAUAUUAUUACUUGUGUAUCUGCUAGCUCUGUUUUAUGUGUUCUUUAUUUAUUUGAUUUUUUAAAUGCUUUUUUAUUGUGUUUUUACUCUUUGAUUCAUUUCUUUCUCCUCAACACUUUUGACAUUAUACUCAGAUGGAAUGAGGAAAUGUGCAAUACAAAAACAGGCAUCUCUCCAGUUAAGAACAAUAGCAUCGGAACAUUUUUACAGUACGUAUAACCCUGACAAUUUUACGUCAAACGAUGCCUGGUUUUGUCCCAUCUUCCAAGUCAAAAUGAAAAUAUCAAGCCGUUCAAUUUGUGUUUCAAAAUAUGUUAUGCUGAAUGUUAAAAUCCCCUGGUAGAUGGACCUGCCAACCAUGACUUGAUUUCUGCAUUCACGUUUUUGUUUUACCUAGCAAACCACAUCUUGCUUUAAGGGGUUUGCUGACCUUACAGACCCAUGGUGAAUCAGGAUGGAAAUAAUGAGAACGCAUGGGCAUAUCUGAUUCUGUCAGUUCAGCCUGUCAAAUCACAAAUUUGUGAUGGAGGGGCAAAUCCAUCAGUGUCUUUCCGAGCACCGAACCACACACUGCCAACCACACAUGACAUGUCUCUUUGACAUCCACCCCUACAUUCCCAAUACACUCGCUACAAUGGCAAACGGCGAGGAGCCGCAUACUAUAUCAUUGUCAGAUUUCUUUGCGAAUGUCAUUUAGCCUACUAACACAAUCAUUUUUAUCUGUAAUUUAAUUCUGGAUCAGUCCAGGUUUCAUUUUUCCAGAACUUCCUGUCUGAAUUUAAGCUUUUGCAUAUUUAAAUUGGAUCACAUGAAUUACAGUUUUAAAAGGAGAAGGGAGAAUUUCACUCUGGUUGAAAAUGGGGAGGGUUAUGGAUGACUGUAUUGGAGUUUUUGUCAAGACAAACAUUUUUGUGCUGCUUCAUUCUGUUUUCUUUUUCGCUUCCCCUUUGUGUGAUUGCAUUAGGAUAUUGAGAUUUUCAUCAAAUGGAGUAUAUGGGAGAAUACAUAACAGGAUGGAGUGUUCCAGGUUGUGUGACAAGCCAACCGGCUCUCACAAGGAUACAUAUCUAUUUUACAUUUUGUUUAGUGGCUAAUUCAGUUCAGUUGUACGAAAAUGUAUGAUUUUUCAUACACCCCUUUUCAUAUACCCCCCUUCCAAAAAAAAAAAAUAAAUAAAAUCAUUGUGGGGUAAGCAAAUCGUACAGAAUUGUAUGAAUGACAUCAUACGAAUUAGCCACUAAAUCACAAUGUUGAAUUGAAAAGAAUUGCCGUGUUGGAUAAGCUUUCACAAGCACUUAGUUGCAAUAGUAGAAGUUAGAAAAAAAGUUUAAAUUUGUAUAAUGAUAUUAUUAUUGACUAAAGAAAAAUGUUUUUGAUUGUUUAAUUUUGAAAAACGCAGAUAAUUUUUUAAAAUCUGAACAUAAUUUGGAUGAAAACAAAUAUUUUAAGAGUAUUGUAAGCAAAAAAAAAUCACUUUUAUGAGUUGAUACAAUGUGAUCUUAGUCAAACAGACAAAAAUAUUUUGUAUAAACUAUUAAGAAAACUCUAAGAAAAUGACAAUUAAACAAGGUCGUUAUUUUGUUUGUAUUUGAACAAAGUCGUUUAAUACAAUAGCCGUGUCUCAUUUCAGAGGCUCCAUCCUCUGAAGGAUAAAUUUGAAGGGCACGGCGUCAUCUCGCCACGUCAAAAACUGUCUCAUUUCAAAUAAAUUCAAAGGCUACUUCCAAUGCAGCCACCAAAUGCGUGUUUUGUUUCCUACGUAAUGAAGGAUACAACUGGUGGAUCCUUCGCAAGGUCGUAUGAACAUCCCAAAAUCUAUUGCGGGCUGAUAACGGCAGGACGUUUUUAAAAGAAAACUCCAGAUUACAGGUUUAAAUGUAUGAAUUAGGUUUGAUUUUACUUGGAUAUCUAUACACAGGUUAAAAAAAACUAACAAAUAGAAUAUGAAAUGUCUUACUAAAAAGUGAUUUUAUAGACAGUUUACAUUUUUAUGUAUGAGAAAAUAUAUUUCCAGUUUUUGUAAACCUUGUUUUGCCUUUAGAUGAGAUCCGUCCUCUGUAGGCAAGAUUGUAUCAUUUCAAAAUGCUUGGUUCGGCCUGUGUGGACUUCGAAGGACUCACCAUGGCAGUCUACAUCCUUUGGAGGAUGUAGCCUCUGAAAUGAGACACGGUACAUCGAAUUGUACACAUUUCAUGUAAAAUAGUUACAAAUUGCCAUGAGAGUGCGUUCGUUUUAACCUGGAACAUCCCUUUUGCUCGUGAAUCAGAAGAGAAUGUUGUUACUACACCAUUGUGGGUGUAAUUAUUGUGUUUGUAUGGUAGAUGAUGUAUGGUGUGGUGGUGUACGUACAGGUGUUUUUGUUUUUAUGUUGGAAUGAGAAGGUGAAUCAAAGGAACGCUUUUUUUAUGAUGUUGAACUAGAAGGUAAUCCAGUCAGUUAAGGUUAGACAUAAUUAAUCAGCUCAAAUAGACUCAAAGACCCGUUCUCUGUGUGAAAGAAAAGGCAUUUUAUGAUAAUUAGCACUUUUGGAAAAGCUUCCCAUUAGCGGCAGCAGCUCAUUAUGAUGUCACGUCACAUUAUCAUAAUAGCGUUCAAGGAAACGCUAGUUAUUUCAGUCGGAAAACUCACUGCAACUUAAUUCAAGUGAGCAGCUUUGUAUUUAAGGCUAUUGUUUCUCAAAAAUGUCUUGGGAAUACAACCUCAAAAACUUGAGAAAUGAAUAUUCAUGUGACUCUUAACUAUUUAAAAAAGGUUGCUGACAGAAUGUUUGUGUAAAAGUAUAGGAGUCCUCGUCUCCAGCACACCCACCGCGGUGUCAGGGAGUACAUGCGAGCGCUGUGAAAUCACAUUACCCGAGUGCUCGGUUAAUUACAGAUGCUUGAAACGGGGCGCCGUGAAUGCAAAUGUCACACUGAUUGUGGAUGUGGAGCUGCCAGGGGGUUUGGAUCAGAUGCCGAGAUAGAUUGAUCAUGUCUCUAAUGGUUCACAGCAUGUCGAGAUGUAUUAACAUCAUCAAGAGGAGUCAUUCGAGCUUCCUGCGUCGGCGAAUGCCUUGAUUUACGGAGGCGUCUACAUGUCAUGUUGGCGCAAAACAAAGUCGUGAGGAUGUAUGUGUUUGCUUGUGUCAGGAUGUUAUUUUUAUUGGGCUUGGGAAGGCUUCUUUUUUUGUAUUUGUGCUUAGCUUUAGGUUAUUUACUUCAAAAAGGUCAUUCACACCAAGGGUGAUUUAUUAUACUGAUAAAAAUAUAGUUUUCCAAAUCUUUACUUCAGCAUUAGCAAUAAUGAGGAAUGAUUUAAGGCUGGUUUAUACUUAUGCGUCAAGUGAUCGGUGUGACCCAAGGUAGAGAUCUGCGCGGGACUAAAUUUUGAAUCCUGCUCCCGCCCGCACCCACAAGGUUUUAGCCCGAACCCGACCGCUCCCGCUUAUGUUCAACAUUCGUUGCCCCACUGCCCGACCCGCUCUGUUCCCGCUAAUAGGCAGGGGGGGGCCAAAACCAAAAACCAUCCAGCUAUACAGAGUCCAGACAGCCUAUAACACGCUGCCUGUAUAAACACACACACAGCACCAAGAAAGCCAAGCAAGUGACACACACACAGACAGCAACAUCACGCUCUCUCUCAUUCACACACACAUAGCACAAAGCUCUCUCUCAUUCGCGCACAAACACACACACACACACACACAGAGACAGCAACAAACAAGCUAAACGCAGCAUCACGCUGUCUCAUUCACCCACAUACAUCCGUGUGCUCGCUCGCUUGGUAGUCGGAAGCGAUAUUGUUACAGCGCCCGCUCCCGUCCAAAAAUACACCAGUUACCGACCGCUCCCGCGCUUUAUUCGGAAAUGUAUUCCUGCACCGAAAGAAAUCUGGUCGGGUUUUGCGGUACAGCCGUGGGAAUGCAGACCACUAACCCACGCCGCAUGCCUUGCGUGUAGUCGUGCCUUUAAACUUCUGCACUCUGUUUGUGUUGCUCUGCAAUAACACUUCUGAAACACUAGCUGGCAGCAGGUUUUUAUGUCCCUCUGUGUUGACUUUAUUCGCUGGUGUUUUGUUUUUUCUGAAUGCUACCUUAAUGUACAAGUAGCUGAAACUCGCUCAUUUUGAGGCGGGAACCGGCGGUUAAUCAUUAGGUAAACACAAAACAAAACUUUCCAUCUGGACCUCCUUCACUGUACUCGACUCUUGUAAACACUCGCUCCAACAGGUUCGCGCGGCUCUCUGUCCCGCUUACACUUGUCAGCGAUACCAAGCUGACCAAUCACAGAGAUUGCGCUAUGCGUCGUUGCGACCUGUAGUUACUUUAUUUGAGAGGUGCAUGGCCACGGCGAUGGCUAUGGGACCAUGCGCAGGCUGUACCGGGGCAUACGCGUGUGCUUGACGCAGAAGUAUAAAUCAGCCAUUAGGUCAUUUUUCCACAGUUUUCAGCUAAAAACGCUCAACUUUCUAGCAUUUUAGGCAUUUGUUUACACAACAAUAGCAUUUUGGUUGAACUGGGAAUGCAAGUUUUUGAAAACAACACUAUCUACAAAUUAAAGGCACAAUAUUUAAUUUCCGCCACUAGAGGGCAUGUAUUCACAACAAACAAGACAUAGAUUGACAGUGUGGAAUCAUGCGAGUUGUCGUCUUUAUGACAUGUUAUGGGACUGUUUAAUAAACUAAAACAUAUAUAAGUAUGUUUAAGGGUUUUAAAAACUAACUAAUGUGUGACGUCAUUAGUGUGGCGACAAAGUACACGGUCCAUUUCACUAAAAUGCUAAAAUGUUAAAAUUGCUAAUUUUUCCAGUAAUCUUCUAAACAUUUCUGCAAGUACAUAAGUCAGCAAAAUAUAGAACGCUGUUGAUAGUUUUUGGAUCUUUUAAUUAAAAAAUCUUACAUAUUGUGCCUUUUAACCACAAAACAAUAACAUUUUUGAGAAACUAGGACUUAAUUAAAAACACAGAAAGCAAAUCAGAAUCCAAAACAACAUCAAUUACAUUAUCAUUCUUGAUGUGAAUGGAUCUUUGCUUGAUAUAGUAUUUAUGAACGAGUGGAAAAUUCAUUUAAAAUAACUUGAAUUUCAUUGCUAGGAAGUUCCAUGUACAAAAAUGAAUAAAUUUGAUUAAUAAACAUUUUUUUGUGACCUUAUCCUGGAUUUUAAGCAAGUAGGCCUGUUUUAGGGUUAAGAUGGAGAAAGCUGCAUGUGUGAGCCGUGAUGUACUGUAUGAAGUGCUUAAAAGGAGUUGGGCAAGUUUUGGUUAUUUAUUGGAUCAUUUGCAUUUCUGAUGCAUUGGUGUUUGGCGUGAGGCAGCAGGUUGUGUUUAUGUGUUCACUUUGAAGGGAAUGGAUACAGAGAGCGAACAUGCUGCUGUGGUCCAAUCUCUUGCUGUUUUCUAUCCCUGUCUUCGCUCGGCUGUCUGCACUAAUUAUCACUCCUCUCCUCUUAAUUAACAGCGAAGAAAAAAAAAAUAGUAACAUCUUACUUAAAAGAGUGUUUUGAUGAGAGUCACUUCUCUGAAAGUUCAAUUUAUUGAGGGCUGCUGUCAUCACGCGCCCACUUAACAGAUUGCUGUUUGUGUGCAGUCUCAGGAGAGUUUUGGUACCACCUCCUUUAAAUAAGAUCUUAUACAUGUAUAGCAUGUUCUUGGACAGUCUUUGAACUCUUCAUUAUAAAAAGACAAUCUUCAAAGAACUCCUCAAGCUAAUUUUAAAGCAAAGUUUAAUUCUCAGACAGGAAGUGAAGAUGACUAAAUGAAAUAAUGUAAUGUUUUUCUGACACAAAACAUUGGAUGUAAGGAACGCUUGGCUGGAUAUUUUACAAUCCCCCUCCAAUCAUAAGAUAUAUUAAAAUGGGUGCUCUUGGAACAAGUGAUAGAAAGCCUUGCAUUGGUGUUAUUCAGCGCUCAGCCAAAUCUACAUUUUGUAUGCAUUUCUUUGUAAGAUUUCAAAGGUCUACAGCUUCAGCUUUUUUAAUUUUCAGCAAUUUUUUUUUACUUUACAUUUUUUUUGUACCUUUUUUAUGUUUACAUUGUAUCUUGCAUUGUCCUAAAGGAAAACACAAUAAAAUGUAUCCUUGUUCGUA